GACAAAGUAAUUAACGGGGGGCAAAAUGAAAUUUUUGCUAAACUUACCCUUCACCGAAAGAGAAACGCGGGGAACUUCAAUUUUAAGUCGGUUCUAAUUAAGAGCGAGGUAACGUCUCCGUCUCAGAAAUCGAUCGACACAGCAGUUCAUCUACCACGGGGACGAUCGUGCCGAAAGGCUCAUGCUCUUACUAUAUAUAUCUAGUAAAGCGAGACGUCGAUAAAGGGCAGCCUACAUCCAGCUCCUCAGAUGGCAGCGGGAAAGCUGGUGUUCGCCGUCAACGGGGAGCGGUUCGAGGUCACCGAGGUGGAUCCUUCCACCACCUUAUUGGAGUUCUUGAGGACUCGCUCCCGGUUUACGGGUCCUAAGCUCGGAUGCGGAGAGGGUGGAUGCGGUGCUUGUGUUGUUUUUCUUUCUAAAUAUGAUCCAGUUAGUGGCCAAGUGAAUGGAUCCAGUGUUAGUUCAUGCCUUACCUUACUUUGCAACAUAAAUUUAUGCUCUGUUACUACCACUGAGGGGCUUGGAAAUAGCAAGGAUGGUUUCCAUUCAAUUCAUCAAAGAUUCGCAGGAUUCCAUGCAUCCCAAUGUGGCUUUUGCACUCCUGGAAUGUGCAUGUCACUCUUUUCUGCCCUUAACAAUGCAGACAAUACCAAUAGGCCUGAGCCUCCCAGAGGGUUCUCAAAGAUCAAAAAAUAUGAGGCUGAGAAGGCUAUUUCUGGCAAUCUUUGUCGAUGUACUGGAUUUAGGCCAAUUGCAGAUGUCUGCAAGAGCUUUGCAGCCGAUGUUGAUUUGGAGGAUUUGGGUUUUAAUAUAUUUUGGGAAAAGCCAGAAGAUGCAAAUGUGGAAAGAUUACCUCCUUACAAUCAACACAAAGUCUGCACUUUUCCUGAAUUCUUGAAGUGUGAGAUCAAUUCUUCCAUGAAUACCUUGAAGAGUUUCAAGGAUAAUGGUGCACCAGAAUGCCACUGGUAUCGACCUGCUAGCUUUGAGGAGCUUUAUGAACUUCUGAAUUCCAGUGAAUUCAUUGAAAGUCAUGUUAAAAUGGUUGUGGGUAACACAAUGUCUGGUGUUUACAAGGAAAUUAACCUAUAUGAUAAGUAUAUUAGUCUAACAGGAAUACCAGAACUCUCGAUCAUUGAAAGGAAUAACAAAGGGUUUACAUUUGGAGCCGCUGUGACAAUAUCUAAAGCUAUUGAAGUGUUGAAAGAAAGGGAUGGAAAUGUACUAAAUUCAGAUGGAGAAUUGGUCUUUGGUAAAAUUGCUGAACAUAUGGAUAAAGUGGCUACACCAUUUGUUAGAAAUAUGGCUAGCUUGGGUGGGAAUCUAAUUAUGGCUCAAAGAUACCAGUUUCCUUCAGAUAUUGCUACAAUACUGCUUGCUGCUGGAUCAACUGUUUGUCUUCAGAUGGCUUCAGAAAGGCUAAUUCUUUCACUUGAGGAAUUUUUGGAGGGGCCUCCAUAUGAUGAUAGAACCAUACUUAUAAGCAUACAUAUUCCUUAUUGGAGUUCAGCAAGUAUCUCAUCAUCUGGAACUAGCAAAUACAAUAUUAUAUUUGAAACAUACAGAGCAGCUCCACGUCCUCUUGGGAAUGCCGUGUCUUAUCUAAAUUCUGCUUUCUUGGCUCAUGUUGCUUCUGAUAAGUCCUCUGGGGAUAUUGUUUUACUGAAACUACACUUGGCUUUUGGUGCUUAUGGCACUGAACAUGCCAUCAGAGCUAGGAAAGUUGAAAAUUUUUUGGUUGGUAAAAUUCUCACGGUCUCUGUGCUAAUUGAAGCCAUUAAAUUACUGAAGGAGAUUAUCAUACCUAAAGAAGGCACGUCUCAUCCAAGAUACAGAACAAGUUUGGCUGUUGCUUUUCUAUUCAAGUUUUUUCAACCACUAGCAAAAGACUUGGCUCAGGUUGAGAAGAAUAAUUUUCACAUUCCGGGUGUCAUAUUGUCUUCAAAGCAAUUAGUUGAGUUUAGCACAGAAUACUUUCCUGUUGGCAAACCUAUCAAAAAAGUUGCAGCUGAAAUUCAAGCCUCUGGUGAAGCACUGUAUGUUGAUGACAUUCCUUCUUCAAAAGAUUGCCUUUAUGGUGCAUUUAUUUAUAGCACCAGACCUUUUGCUCAUAUAAAGGGCAUUACAUUCAACUCUUCUCUGGUAUCUCGUAAGGUCGUUGCUUAUAUUAGCAUCAAUGAUAUCCCAGAAGGAGGCAAAAAUGUCGGAUCUGGCUAUACAUUUGGAGACGAACCAUUAUUUGCUGAUUCUUUGACUGAAUAUUCUGGUCAAUGUCUUGGAAUUGUGGUUGCAGAAACACAGAGAUAUGCCAACAUGGCUGCAAAACAAGCAGUUGUACAUUAUUCCACUGAAGGCUUGGAACCUCCAAUUCUCUCUGUUGAAGAUGCUGUCAGAAGGUCAAGUUUCUUUGAUAUCCCUCCAUCUCUGUAUCCUGCAAAAGUAGGAGAUCUGGCCAAAGGAAUGGAUGAAGCUGAUCACAAGAUUCUCUCAGCUGAGGUUAAACUUGAAUCUGAGCAUUACUUUUAUAUGGAAACACAAGCAGCCUUUGCCAUACCUGAUGAAGAUAAUUGUAUAGUGGUUUACAGUUCUAAUCAAUACCCUGAGGGUACCCAGUUUGUUAUUGCAAGAUGCCUUGGAAUACCACAACAUAAUGUCCGUGUGAUUACAAGAAGAGUUGGAGGAGGUUUUGGUGGGAAAGCCUUUCGAUCAAGUCCUAUUGCAACAGCAUGUGCUCUCACAGCCUUUAAACUGCAACGUCCAAUAAAGAUGUACCUUGAUCGUAACACAGAUAUGGUAAUGGUAGGAGGAAGGCAUCCAAUGAAAAUAACCUAUUCUGUGGGUUUUAAAUCCGAUGGGAAGAUUACGGCCUUGUACUUGAAUAUAUUGAUAAAUGCAGGCAUAUCAGAGGAUUGUAGUCCACUUAUUCCAGGUCCCGUUAUAACUUGUUUAGAAAAAUACAACUGGGGUGCUCUCGCUUUUGAUAUUAAAGUAUGCAAGACGAAUCUUACAAGUAAAUCAUCGAUGCGAGCACCUGGGUAUCUUCAGGGAUCCUACAUUGCCGAAGCUAUUAUUGAGCGCGUAGCAUCUUUCCUGUCCUUGGAUGUUGAUGUUGUGAAAAAAAGAAAUAUGCAUACAUAUGAAAGCCUUAAGUUGUUUUAUGGAAGCAUCAGUGGAGAAGCUCCGGAAUAUACUUUACCUGCUAUAGUUGAUGAGUUGUUUACAUCUGCAAGCUACUUCAAUCGUCUUGAAAUGGUAUUGCAUUUCAAUAAUUGCAACAAAUGGAGAAAACGAGGGAUUUCCUGGGUACCAAUUGUAUACGAUGUUCAACCAAAUCCAACACCGGGGAAAGUUUCUAUUCUAAACGAUGGUUCAAUUGUUGUUGAAGUUGGAGGAAUUGAAAUAGGCCAGGGACUGUGGACAAAGGUGAAGCAAAUGACAGCAUUUGGUCUCGAACAGCUAUGGGAUGAAGGGAGAAAAGAUCUUUUGGAUAGAGUUAGAAUCAUUCAAGCAGAUACUCUGAGUUUGGUUCAGGGCGGUCCAACUGCUGGAAGCAGCAAAUCUGAAGCAAGUUGCGAAGCAGUUCGUCUAGCAUGCUCUAUUCUAGUAAGCAGAUUAAAGCCUCUUAAGCAAAGAUUAGAAGAACAAAUGGGAUCAAUUUCAUGGGACACCCUCAUUACCCAGGCAAAUUUGCAAUAUGUGAACUUGUCGGCGAGUACAUUUUGGGUUGCUGACAAUACUUCAACAUAUCUUAAUUAUGGGGCUGCUAUAAGUGAGGUUGAAAUUGAUGUUCUCACUGGAGCUACUACCAUAUUGAGAGCAGACCUUACAUAUGACUGUGGACAGAGCUUGAGUCCUGCUGUGGAUCUAGGACAGAUUGAAGGAUCUUUUGUUCAAGGAAUUGGAUUUUUUGUGGAUGAGAAACUCGAGGAAAACUCAGAUGGAUUGGUGAUUUCUGAUGGUACUUGGACAUACAAGAUCCCUUCUAUCGACACCAUCCCAAAGAAUUUUAAUAUUAGAGUAAUGAACAGUGGGCAUCACAAGGACCGAGUCCUCUCCUCGAAGGCUUCUGGGGAACCACCUUUGCUUCUAGCUGCUUCAGUUCACUCCGCCAUACGGAAAGCAAUACGAGCUGCCCGGGCUGAUUUCUCCUCAACUGACCCUAACGAUAGCUCUGUUUCUUCAUUCCAGUUUGAUCCUCCUGCAAUCAUGCCACUGGUAAAAGAGCUCUGUGGCCUAGACACCGUGGAGAAAUACUUGGAAGCUCAUGGAGAAGUAUAAGAUAGCGUUUGUGCCAAUAAAUGAAUGAAUGAAUGCAUAUUUAAAUAUGAAAUGGUAUGCAAGAGGAGAUGAUUUUCCUGGUACAGUUUAUUUGGCAUGUGAUAUUUAACUAAGAAAUGAUGUGUUAGUAACUUGUUGCUCGUCUUGUGCACUGAAAUAGAUUGAUGAACAUUAUGGAUGUUCAAAUCCUUUUUAGCA